GCUGAAUUGAGCUGGGUGGGAUUUUCAGCCUCGUAUUCCCGAUCGCGUAUCCAAGGAUCACGAUUUAACGGUGUAUGCGACAGAGCGAAUAAACGUUUAGCCGGCUCGCGCUGAACCGUGCAGGAUUUGCGUUCGUGUUUGCGUGCAUCUAACGAUAGCGAUCCAAUAAACGAGGAAUGUGGGAUUUACAGAAUGCCCAACAGCGUUGGAAAAAGAUUUAAACCCACCAAAUACAUCCCGGUGUCCACUGCCGCCACUCUCCUGGUGGGAUCCACUACUUUAUUCUUCGUUUUCACGUGUCCGUGGUUGACCAAGGCCGUCUCUCCUGUUGUGCCUCUCUACAAUGGCAUCGUCUUCCUCUUUGUGUUGGCAAACUUCAGCAUGGCCACCUUCAUGGAUCCUGGAGUCUUUCCUAGAGCGGAUGAGGACGAAGACAAAGAUGACGAUUUCCGAGCUCCACUCUAUAAAAACGUGGAGAUAAAGGGAAUUCAGGUGCGGAUGAAGUGGUGUGCCACGUGCCACUUCUACAGGCCUCCGCGCUGCUCACACUGCAGCGUCUGUGACAACUGUGUGGAGGAGUUUGAUCAUCACUGCCCGUGGGUGAACAACUGCAUUGGCCGCAGGAAUUAUCGCUAUUUCUUCUUGUUCCUGCUGUCUUUGAGUGUUCACAUGGUGGGUGUGUUUUCCUUCGGCCUGCUGUUCGUGUUACACCACCUAGAGACGCUGAGUGCACUUCACACCACUGUCACACUUGUGGUAAUGUGUGUGACUGGCUUGUUCUUCAUCCCCGUUAUGGGCCUCACUGGAUUUCACAUGGUUCUCGUUGCCAGAGGACGGACCACGAACGAACAGGUGACGGGGAAGUUCAGAGGAGGAGUGAAUCCAUUCACUCGAGGAUGCAGUGGAAAUGUGAAACACGUCUUAUGCAGUCCGCUUGCUCCAAGGUAUAUCGCUGAUCCCAGGAAGAAGAUCCCUGUCACUGUGACACCGCCGUUCCUCCGACCAGACCUCUCUAACAGACACAUCAGUGUAAAAGUCAGCGAUAAUGGUAUCCAUAGUAACAUCCUACGAAGCAAAUCUAAGACCAGUCUGAAUGGCAUGGAUGAUAAAAGCAUAGAUGCACAGCCACCUCUGCCACCCAAAGCCGAUCGCUACAACCAGAUCAAGAGUCAGCUGACCUCCAGCGAAGAGAGCUCUCUGUCCAGCAAACCCACCAAUCCUUCAACUCCAGCCAUGUUCAAAUACAGACCUUCCUUCGGGACCAUGCCUAAAGUGCACUAUCAUGCAACUGGAGAGAAGAUUGUAAUGUCCGAGAACGGUAACCCCUCUGCAGUUCUGGAAGAGAGAUCCCACGACUACCGUUCGGAGCCCAAUCUAGAUCUGCCUGACUACCGCAGCGCUCCUCUCCACCGAACAUACCAGUCGUCCCCUUUCCAGCUGGAUUCCUUCAGCACCACAUCCCGCUCCUUUAGCCUCAAACAGGGAGUAAAUCGAGCCGACUGCACACCACUAGGUGGCAUCAAACCCGAAACCAUCACAUCCACUCCUCACAGAGGCGUCUUCUCUCCUGGGAUGUUAUCCGGCCGCAACAGCAGCCUCUCCUACGAUAGCUUACUAACCCCCAGCAUAGGGCCAUCUAUAGGCGAAUGCGCUGCUCAUCCGGGCGUCCCAUCAAUGGGGUUUCACUCACCAUAUUUACCCACUAAAAUGUGCCAUGUUCGUGGACCCGAACUUCAACGCCAUGCUGGUCCUCCAUCCUACAGUCCUGUUCACAUUGGCGCAAUGUAUGGACGCCAGUCCCCUCUUUCCAGAGAACGAGAACGCGACCCAUCACCGGUCCGCUAUGACAACCUCUCCAAAACCAUCAUGGCCUCCAUCCAAGAGAGGAAGGAGUUUGAGGAGAGGGAGAAACUCAUGCAUCGCCACGUUCAAGGCUAUGCUAAUGAUUCAGGAGUGUUUGACACCGCGUAUGGACUCCAGCAUGGGUAUCCCGACGGUCCUAGAGGUCCUGUGUCCCGAGAGCCCACUCCCCCUGUGUGUGCUUCCAGGGAUAAUUUGAUGGGAUACCCUCCUCGGACCCCUGUUUUGCGCUCCUCUGCGUCAUCGCUCGUCCGGGCGCCGAGGACUUCAACUACGUCCCUUCACACAGAUGGCGGUGGCGUGAACAGGACAGCCGAACUACAGUAUCGCUCCCCGGUGCACCAGUCGCAUCAGUCGCCGACAUCUGUGCCGCGCUCACCGUCAUACGCGCACCAGAAAGUCGCCUUCAUUAGUGCUUUGGAGAGGGCAGAUUCACCACAUCUGGGUACAAGAGAGGACGUUGGUCAAGGUAAAGUCAACGGGCAACUAAAGGGUCAGUAUGGGACUCCUUCUGGAACGCCCAGCAGACACAGUGUUAAAAAGGUGACCGGAGUGGGCGGAACCACAUACGAGAUCUCCGUUUGACUGACAGCUCGAGGAGCCAAUGCCUGUGAGGAACAGCACUGCCAUCGCAAAACCAACUCGUGCUCAAAAAAAAGUUUCUCUUUCUUUUCACAGUUUUAUGAAAGAAUUCUCGAAUUGAGCGAUCGGGAACCACACAGUAUCUGACAGGAGAAGGUUUUUGAGUCGGCCAUUAGGAAAUGGGAAGCAGUUUUCAGUGUGACGGUGUUAAAAUAUACAGGAGCAUCGUUUGAUUUAGUGUCAGGCUUCAGAGGAAAUAAAUCGCACACAACGGGAAACAAAUGGGAAUUUAUUAUUAUUAUUAUUAUGUAUUUACCAUUAAGGGCUGAGUAUGUACAGUGUCGGUUCAGUUGUUUGUAUAUAAAAGGUCACUUAUUGAACGCAAAUGCGCUCUGUAUGCUGAUCUAUCACACACUUGAAUGUGAGUGAAUAUAUGUACUCCGUUACUACUAUAGUUUUGUCAUUGUACUGAUCUAAUAAUCAGGGUUUCAUCUCAAAUGCAUUGCUCUGUUAAGCUAUCAGGUUUCAAACCACAACAACACUUGUGUACUUAAAAAAGAAAAGAAAAAGAAAUUAAGCCUACGCAGAAGUUUUAUUUUUCAAAUAUGGUGGUCAUUUACACUUUUUCUAAUGUAAAACUAUAUAAGCUGCCAUAGAAAUUAACGUACAUGUGUAUAUGUAAUAUUUAAAAAUGAAAAGAAAAGGGGUAUAAAGUUGGAUACUGGCUCUUAUAACCAACUUUCUUUCAAACAUUUGUUUUUCUUCAUACAAAUAUUCUGAUGAAUAAGAUAUGAAUAUGUCAUAGAUAUUUACAUUAGAUGUCGCCUGCGCUGUUGGUGUCUAUUGGAAGGAAUGCGUCAAUAGAGCCGCCAUUUUAGUACAGGGUAGCGCUCGUUUGAAAUGAAUGUGGGACCAAGGUGUAGUGGAGGACUGGCCAUCUAGAGCUAGAGAUAUAUAUACAUAUAUCUAUGAUCGGGAGUUUCCCCAUGUGGUCAGUAUGCAAAUUUUUUUUCAAUUACGAAAAUUAUUUUCAAAAAUGAUAAUUUUUACAUAACUUUUCUACAUCUAUGGGUGGCAUUGCCGACAAAGAGUGUGUUUGUGUGCAUGGAAAUGUAUUAUCCUGCCUCCCUGUGGUAAAUUGCAUCUAAUCCAUGUCCUGAAACACCCUCUCUCUCCUGCUUUCACUUCUCAUUCUAAUGGAGGGAGCGAUUCAUUUGUGAAUGAAUCUCCGUUGUGAACAACUUAGCGACAAUAAUACAAGUUUCUAGCACCGCAGCAUCUUGUUGUCAAACUAGCAUAGUAUUUAGUGUGAGUUGGUGCUACUUUGCCUUAUGGUUAGUGCGGUAAGUGACUGUAUUAUCAUCAAUAACAUGAUUUGUUCAGCACAAAAGUUCGUAACAUAAAAACGUAAAAAAACUAAAUUUUACCUAUGAAAUGUUCUGCCUUUGUUUUUGUUUUUUUUUGCUCAUUAUUACAGCGCUAAAGUCCAGCAUCUUCACAUUGCUUUAGUCUUAACUAGUGUGGUUUAAAGACAUUUGCCCUGGGAGCACUGUACAAAUGUGGCUGUGCUAUUGAUGCAUGCUCAAGGUCCGUAUUUGAUAUCUAGUGUAUAUAUCUAUGUGAAUGUGUAAACAGAAACACCACUGUGUAUUAGCAGUACUGGACACGUUAAAGCCAUAUUCUACAAUGUUUUACAAUAAUGCUCAUUUUAUUUUUUAAAGUCAUAUUGGUGUUUUUUUUAUACCAGUAUUGCUAUUUAAUAGGUUGAAAAAGAAAAACAUGUUUAUUUUUGGCUUCAUCACAAACAUUUUUCUUUCUUUUUUAUAUCUUGUGUUUCUUUUUUUACUCCCAACUUUCAGUAAUUUAGUAUAUUUCCCUUUUUAUACAUAUUCAAAUGCGUGAGUGUAUUUCUGAGUGGAUUUCUUUUAUAUAAUUUAUUUCUUCAAAUUAGUGUCACCAUUUUGGUUAGUUGGAAGUACUUGGUGAUUAGUCUUUUCAAUGAAUGAACAAGAAUUAAAAGCUAUAAGACGUUUUAGGAAAUUUUGUUUAUGAAAGUUACACACAUCUGAAUGCUGGAUCCAUUUAAGAGAGAUAAGGCCUGAAAAUCUGUCAUAAUUAUAUAUGGCAUAUGGUCUGUACUGCCGUUCAAAGCUUUAGGACAAGAUAUUUCCUUUUUCUGUCUUUUAAAUUUUUUUUAAAUAAAUGAUAAAAUAUGUAGUGUGACACGGCUGGGUCGAGUCCCGGCUGGGCCAGUUGGCGUUUCUGUCCGGAGUUUGCAUGUUCUUCCCGUGUUCGCAUGGGUUUCCUCCGGGUGCUCUGGUUUCCCCCACAAAACAAAGCGGUAUAUUAAGUGAAUAACCUAAAUUGGCCAUAGUGUAUGUGUGUGAAUGAGUGUGUAUGGGGGUGUUUCCAAGUACUGGGUUGCAGCUGGAAGGGCAAAAUCAAAAUUUCUUAUUGUGUCCAUUAAUUCAAUUCUGGAACACCCAACAUGCCUUUGUGAUAAAUGUUGGUUAAGGAAGUUUAAUCUGGAAAAGCUUCCACCUCACCAACACUUUUCACUUUCAAAAUGAUAGUCUUUUUAUUCUAUUAAGAAAGUGCAAAAUACAAAUAAAAUCUUCUACCAAACACAGACAUGUGGGUUGUAUACAUACAGUUAUUAAUCAAAUAAAUGCUUAUAUUUUGACUUAGAAAACAUAUAUAGAAGGUUGUUUUGAGUGAGAUUAAGAAUAUAAAAUUAAGUUUUCCACAAAUAUGAUCAAGUUAUUUUGCAUAAUAAACCUAUACUUCUCAUGUUUACCUUUUUUUCAAUGAACGAUAAACACAGUGCUCAGCAUAUAAAAGUACACCCCACACAAAUCUCUCUUUUAAAUUAAUAUUUUUAAUGGGAAACUAUAUUAUAUUUGUGCAUAUCCAUUAGAUUAGUCAGUACUGAAGCCAGAUCUGGAUCUUAUCUAACAAAAUAACAUACGAUAACAGUCCAAAAACUGGUAAACCCAAAUGUAUAUAUUAUACAAAAAUAUUAAAUACAAAUUUAAAAAGAGGCAAAAUCAAGAGAAGCAAAAAAAGUGUAAAAAUUUAGUUUUUGUAGGUUGUGAUUUUUUUUUCAAUAUUUUGCUUGGAUUUAAUUGUAUUAUCUUUAAAUUUCUAAAGAUGUUUGGUGACUAAAAUAUUUUUUUAAUAAAUAUAUCUGUUUAAGAAAUCUGUUUUGUUUAAAUGUACCAAAAUACAUUGCCCACUGAGAAAUGGAUAAUAAUGUUCAUUUUCAAAAUGGGGUGUACUCAAUGAUGCUGACCACUGUACCUUGAAAAUUGUCACUGGAAGUAUACAUGCUGAGAAAACAAAUAAAGAGAAAGGAAUUUAUAAAAACUGAGAAAUCGGUUGUAAUUGUAAUUUUUUCUCAGAAACAAAAUGGCGGCAAAAUAUCACACAGUGGCCUGUUUCAUGAUUAAAUAGCGUUUUUAAUAAUCAUUUUUGUAGUUAUGUGUUGAUGUUAUCGACAUUUUGACUGAAAGUGCACCGCUCCUGGAGUUUUCUGCUGCUCAGAUGACUUUCCAAGGAAUUCAUAAAGUGAUUUCCUCACAGGUCUGCCUUAGGGGUCUCUAUAUACAGUACAACUAACAUCAAACUGGUGCAUGUGAAGAGAGUCUUUAUCGUACUUUCUUCAGUCAAACAUUUCCUUGAAGUUGUAAAUAAUUCAUGUAAUUACAAUAAUUACAGAUUGCGGGUCUCCAUUUCUGUGAAUGUCUCACUGUGUUCGGUCAUCGCUCUCCUUCACUGCUGCUGUCUGGCACAGCGCCAUCUUCUGUUCAGAAGAAACUCAUGAAGUAUUUCGUUCUAAUGAAAUGAAGACAUUCGUUUCAUAUAAAGGUACAUCUAUUAUUUUUGUUCAUCGAGGGGGGAAAUGAAUAAAUAUAACUUGAACAUUCA